AUGACGGACUCUCCAACGAAACAGAUCAAGUACCCAUGGUGGUACGGAGGUGCUGCAGGGAUCUUCGCCUGUGUAAUGACACAUCCAUUGGACUUGGCCAAAGUCAGACUGCAAGCAGCACCACUCCCCAAGCCCACUUUGGGCAGGAUGCUUACUACUAUCCUGCGUAAUGAGAACGUGAUGGGCCUAUACUCUGGGUUGAGUGCGGCCGUGUUACGACAAUGUACCUAUACCACCGUUAGAUUCGGUGCUUACGAUCUUAUGAAGGAAAAUUUGAUUCCUCAAGGGCACAUCAACGAUAUGGUCUAUCUCUUGCCCUGUUCUAUGUUCUCCGGGGCCAUUGGUGGAUUGGUAGGUAAUUUCGCAGAUGUCGUCAAUAUUAGAAUGCAAAAUGAUUCUGCUUUGAAACCAGAAUUGAGAAGAAAUUAUAGGAACGCCAUCGAUGGGGUUUAUAAAAUUUACAUGCAUGAAGGUGGGAUUAAGACUCUGUUGACAGGUUGGAAACCCAAUAUGGUUAGAGGUGUUCUUAUGACAGCCAGUCAAGUCGUCACGUAUGAUGUGUUCAAGAACUAUUUAGUUACUAAAUUGAGUUUCGAUCCAAAGAAGAAUUCUACCCAUCUUUCAGCUUCUUUAUUAGCUGGGUUGGUCGCUACUACCAUUUGUUCACCUGCUGAUGUCAUUAAAACUAGAAUUAUGAAUGCUCACAAGACGGAGAGUGAAUCUGCCAUCAAGAUAUUAACUUCGGCUAUCAAGAAGGAGGGACCAUCAUUCAUGUUUAGAGGUUGGUUGCCUAGUUUUACCAGAUUGGGACCAUUCACCAUGUUGAUCUUCUUUGCCAUUGAGCAAUUGAAGAAACAUAGAGUCGGGAUGCCCAAAAUUGAAGAAGAAGAAGAAGAAGAAUUGAAAUAG